AUGAAGGGCAGUGGCGAUCGGCCCAAAGAUACCUCAGAUCAGGGUGAUCCACCUAGUACGACGGAAUGGAUGGACAGAUCCUCCAUCUGUGGCAAUGUAGAUGCUGAGAUCACGUCAGCAGAUCGAGUAUUACCGAGUAUUUUGGAACCAGGCAGUGAAGGGAGACUUACCGCGACGAUUGAGUGCAACCGAGCGCGAGAGCCCCAGGUUAAAGGGCUCAGGCCUCCAGGCCUUCGUCGUAGUUUAUGUGUGAUGUGUGCUGAGCUGGGGUUCGACUCAGAGACCAGAGAGGAUGUUGGUAUUCCAAGUGUGGACUUGAGUAUCGAUGGUGGUCAGACAUUGAUUGUCAAUCCAGGAGGUCAUGCGAGUAAAGCUAUUGACGAGACACAGAGUGGCAUUGAUUGUGUUCAAGAGUGGUGUGACACGGAGUCACUGGCCAGUGGACAUGGAUUUGGAGACUUCAAGAGCGUGAUUGUUCCUGCGCUGGAGUUUCCUGCUGGUUUGAUUGAUGAUGCGAUGGAUCUAGAUGAAGUUCAGGAUAGCCAGAACAGGCUACCUGAAGGAAAUUGUGACAUACCGUUUGAGAUCGAUGCUGAGUCAAGUGCAUUUCAUGAUGACUACAUUGGCACCUCAGGAUGA